AGUGAGCACGGUGAUAGACGAACGCGUAUUCACUAAUCGCGUUCUCGUUCGGCUUUUAUAAUGUGCUUCGUGCUUCGUGAUCGACGUCCAUCCAUCGACACACAGAGCCCGUCGCGGUCGGAUGCUCGAUGCCCAAGGAGACGGAUCAAGCUCAUUGGAAAGCUCGUUGGAUGCUCCAUGGAACGGACGAUGAGACGGAGCGAUAACACCGCGUCGAUUGAGUCCGCUCUCGGGUCUCGUUGCCGUUAGCAAUGACGAAGGACGUGGACGGACGAGCGGCGCUCGACGUUCGGAUGAAAUUCGGAUAGAGACGCGUGGACGAAACCGACGAAAUGCCGUGCGGUUACGCGCGAUUCGCGGCGCCUGGCAUGUAACGCGAGGGCAAGAAUGACGAUCGCGUCGCGCGUGGUGCUGAUACAGAUACCGCGGAAAUGCACGACUCCGAGGUGCCAUCCACGCUGCCAUCUUGAAUCAGCUGUCAAGCAGACGAUACGCAGCGUUUAGCGCACUGUUUGAUCUCCGGUGGGACAUGGAAAUAUCUGAAGACGAUGUACAAGUAGGAAAUCAGCCGACAGACCUGAUCUCAGCUUACGAUAAGCGGAAGAACGAUGAGCCCGAGGCGGAUCUCAAUGAAGUCGAGAUAAUUACGUCGGCGCAGCAUUUUUGUGCGAUCGAGAUCGGCGAGGAGGCCAAGAACUACGAUGGGAAAGCGAUCGACAAGGAGGACCAGAGUGAAGCGAACGAAUCGAACGCGUCGGAGUCGUCCGCUCUAGGGAACAUACAGCACGCCGAGAACGGCGGCAUUGCUAACGUGCUGACGGAUCCGAUUUACCUGGACACCCUGGACUCCGAUUCCAUAAAUAUCGAGUUCCAGAAGCAGCCGAGCGCAACGGAGGUGUUCAUUCGGGGCGACGAGCAGAUACAAACGACCAAUUACAAUAUAUCUACGGUGACGAUAUCGAACGAGCUCUUGGACGGGCUUAAUAUCAAUAUAAAGAAGGAGGAUGACGACGAUCACGGCACGUUGUACACCGCGGAGUGGUUGUGCGACGGCAAUAACGACGCCAACAUACGACUGAGGAUCUUGAAGGACGCCAAGCAGAACAUACAGAUCCCCGUUGACGUUGACGCGAGCGAUGUGAUCGCGUUAGCGAAGCGGAAGGCCCAAUUGACGGAGGGCAAGGAUAGUCUUGAGCAGGAGAGGACUAAGGUAUCCAGGAGAUCGAAGAAACACGUCAGACUGAAGUCCGCCGCCGUGCAUCAUCAGGACUACCGGGAAAGAUUGAGGAAGAAGGCUGAGUGUAUGCGAGAGAAGCGGAAGAAGUUGUACGAGCAGGAGAGCGAGGAGCAACGUUUGCAGAGGCUGGCGAAGGAAGCGGCGAAGAGGCGUGAGAUGAGAAUGUACUACGAGACGCCGGAGCAACGGAGGAAGCGGCUCGACGCCGAGGCGGCGAGAAAGCGGGAGUACAGGAUGUACAACGAGACGCCGGAGGACAGGCGGAAGAGGCUGGAUCGCGAGGCCGAGAGACGGCGGAUCAAGAGGCUGUCGUUGUACGCGAACGAAACGCCGGAGCAGAGGAGGGAUAGAUUGAAUAAGGAGUCGGCGAAGAGGCGCGAGGCCCGAUUGAGUCAGUACGCUAAAGAGACGGAGGACGAGAGGAAGGAGAGAUUGCGCAGGGACGCGCUGAGGGCCAGGGAAAUGAGAUUCACGCGGUCCGCCAUCGAGACGGAAGAGGAGCGUAGGCAAAGGUUAGUAAAGGACGCCCUCAGGAAGAGGGAGGUAAGGAUGCAUGGGGGAUGCCAUUCGGUGAACAAUAAUUUUACGGAACUCCGAACCGUUCGCAAUUUUCAAGAAUUGAACGAUGUGCAGAUAAGGGACAAUCCUGAAAAUCAGUUGGAUUAUCUGAGCAACUGGAUGAUGUGGUUUCAAAACUCGUUGACACAACCGGUUCACAAUGGAGAGCAGGCGGCCGCGGAGCCGCAAGCGCAGCACAAUAGAUAGAACUUGUGUUUUCCAUUAUGAGCGUUACUUCGAGGGUGCACUUUCGUACGUGAACGAAUACCGGGCAGAGAGACCAAUCUGGAUAUGCUUCCCAUGUACACAAUUCCUUGGACGCGGAGCGACAUAAAAUCAUAACGGCACAAUUACCACCACGCCAAUUACUAUUAAUAACAUUGCGAGACUUAAAAUAUAGCAAUAGCAAGAGAAUUAUAAAUUCGUGUGUUAGAAGCACUAUUUUAUAAUAUUUAUAAACGCCAGAAGCGAACGUAAUUACACAAACUAUUUCGUCGACGUAAAAGGAAACCAUGUAACUUAUUCGCAUUUUACGUCAAAGUGCUGACGAUAAAUGAACAAUUCGGAGAAAAAAAUAACUGAUCGUUUUCCAGUGUUUGCGUAAUGUUUAAUCGUACGACGAGAUUAUUUAAAUAUUUAAAUGAUUUUUCUGCUCGUAAAAGAUAUUGAGAUACAUCUUAAAGUAAUAUACAGUGGAUACUCUCUUUGAUAUUAGAUUUAAGUCUGUAAAUAAAUUUUGCCGAUAUGUUGAUACGACGAGAGAAUGAGAGUUGUACAUUGAAAACGAACAAGAGAAGCAAUUCUUGCCAGUGCCUUUUAUUCAUUGUUCAACACAAAAUAAGCGUUCAGACUAAAUUCAUUAAUUACAUACGGCAUUUGAACAUGAGUGAAUGAUUCUGGUGAAGGUUCGACUGUCUCUUGUGCUAUUUGUACAUACAGUUACUAUGUACUUCUUUCUACAGUUCCUUUGUAAUAAAUAAAGUAAUAAAUUGUGUUAAAA